GGAACGAAUUGUGUAAAUUGUUUAGAGGGAUCGGUUCGUUCUAGUUGGAAGACUGGUGACUUUUCAUCCACGUGAAUUCAUUUUACCAUAAGAGAGAGAAACCCCUAUUACCUUAAGGUUAAACUUCUUGUGGAAUGCAGUGGAGCAGUUUGUAAAUGUGAAAUUUAACGGAUGGAAGCUAAAACGAAAAUGGCGGCGCGUACAAAAUGAAGUACAAGUGGUACUAGGCAACCAUGGCUGUCGCUGGCUGUGAUUUCCGACAAGCGAGCGUUAUGUUUUUGUGUGCUUUUGUGACCGUCUAAUGUGUAUCAUGGUCGUUACUGUAUUGAGAGGAACGUGGUUUUGCUAGUGGAUAAAUACGUCUCCCCAUCAGUGAAUUUUAAUUUGACCGGUUGAUGAACAAUUCCUCGUUGAAACAGAGUCAUCAGCGAACCAAAAUGAACUCUUCAAAGUCUAAAGACUCCGACAAGAUAACAGAGGCAUGUUGCAUGGCCUUCACUCCACAGAGCUCGCCAACCCGCGGUGGAGAGGUGAUUUUUAUAACAUUCUCAGAUGAAUUUCCACUGCCAGACAAUGGAGAUUUUUAUAUGGUAUUUGAAGGAAGAAACCAGCGACAUGUAACAACAGCACAGCAAAUAAAUACAUUCACUCUUCGUGCCAUUGUACCAGAUCAUGACCAAGCAGAGAAAGUUACACUCACUGUUUAUUGUGCCCAGGAAAGCAAAGUGGGACCUCUUUCAUCACACAAGUUUUUAUACUGGCUUGAAACAGAGCAGAUUAUUGCAAAGCUUUUGGCAGACAGUGCAUCAGACAGCAAGCUGUUUGAAUGCUUAGCAUCACUGACCUUGAUAUCAGAUACAGUAUCCAAGGAAUACAGAGACACCUUAGAUUCAAGAAUAACAAAUGCCUUUGAAUUCCUGGAUUUGCCCCCAACUUGGUCAUUAUUUGGUGAGAAUGGAGUAGAGAACUUCCAGAAUAAAAAUGGUCAGGAAACAUUACUUCAUCUUUCAGCACGUCUAGGAUUUACUCAACUGGCAACGUAUCUUCUUGACCAGCCAGGAUCAAUGGAGGCUCUUCACAUUCAGGACAAGUCAGGCAGAUUACCUGAGGAUAUAGCUCGCGAGAAGGGAAUGAAGUUACUUGCUGACAUGUUUUCAAGGGGUCCAGGUGAUUGCGAGAAGAGGACUGCCAAAGACAUGUCUAAACCACAGGUCAAAAAAAGUGAGCUGGGUACCACCACAAUAUCCAGUUACAAAACUCAACAACAGAACUCCCUUGAAAAGGAUAUUGAAAUGCUCCAAGACAUUAAUUCAUUGGUUGAAGAGGAAAUGAAAAAAAGAGUACCAAAGUUCCGUCACUCUUGGCCAGUUCGAAGAAAAAACAAAGACACAAUAGAAGAUGCAUCUAGCAGUGAUGAGGAAAUAAAGCAAAUCAACAGAGAGCUCUCACCAAAGAAGUUCACCAGUCAACUGAACAGUAUGUCAUCAGUCAGAAGCAGUGGGGGUGGCAAUAGACAACUAUUAGAACAAAAUCUGAAGAGACUGAGGGCCAUCAAUGAAGAAAUACAGAAACUUAGGAUGGUCAACUCACAGAGAGGUUCUAGAGAGGCCGGUAGAGGUGGUAUGCAGGGAAAGCAUUUGCGUCGCUUGUCAUGCCCAUCAUUAAGUGCACAGGACCUACAACAAGCUCAGAUUAUUGCAGGGAUGAAAUCUAAGGAGGAGAAAUCGAUUGUGAAUGGUGUUACUGAUCAAAAGGUUGGAAAAGCAAGCCCUCUAGGUGUUAAUCUUAGAACUUCUCCCGAUAAAAUAAGAGAAACUAUUCAGAGAGAAGAGGAUUCCUCUUCUAGCGCAGACAAUAAACUUCUUACUGUGGAUGGUAAGAGUGAUGUACGACGCGCACAUAGCUGGGGAAAACACGAAGAGAAGCCUGAACUAAACAAGAGAGUCAGCUCAAGCCUUGAUGAUUUAACUAAAGAAGCUGACAGUGAAGAAAAAGUUGAAAAUGAACCACGGAGCAGGAUACAAGCUCUCAAAAAUAAGAGACCUGUGUCAUUGAAUCUUGACAGUCCCAAGGAAGAGGGGAACAAACUUGCAGAUAUUUUAGAUUCUAUAAAGAAGGCCAGUGAUGAUAAACAAAACUUGGGUAAAGCAUCUAGCAAUGUGUCUAUAACUUCGCUGACUGAUGUUGAUGUCAAUGUGAACCAUAAGGACAACGGUCUUCUUGGUCCAAACAAAAGUAAUCUCCAUACAAAAUCGUAUUCUUACAGUUGUUUGGCUGACCUUAAACUUGGAGAGGAUGGAAAUCCUAUUGAGGACAAAAAGCCUGGAUCUCAAUUUAGCCCUGAGGUUCAGAAGAGAAAUCUAUCCAAGGUCGAGACACAGAUGUCAUUGAUGGACUUCCUGAAUGAGGAUCAAAAAAGACGACACCUGCGUUUAACCGCUAAAACAACCAAGAAGUGGAAUUCCUUGUAUACUCUAGCAACGAUAAGAGAAACUCAAGACAAAGCUAGUAACAGGUUGUCGUUGGAAGAAUUUCUAGGAGAAAAUGGUCCAGACUUAAGUGCGGACGAUUCAGAAGAAGUGGAAAAGGAAAAGCAAGAAGCUGGUAAGGGCAUUAGACGCUUAAGCAUGCUGUUUGGAAGCAAGUCCUCAUCUAAGCAAUUGAAACGUGAACUUCCAAAGAUUCACAAGGGGAGCAACAGAAGCAGCCUUAGAAAAGAGAAGAGCUUCGUUGCGCGGAGUAAAGACAGUGAAGAUAUUAAGAGGGAGACUGGGGAUGCUAAAGAACCAUUCAAGACCGCGCUGGGAAGAAGAGCCUCGGGGAUUCCAGGCAAGUCUUCCAAGUCUGGAGAACAGCUUCCGGCAUUACCUAACCCAGGAUUGUUAACACGGGCGGGUCGAGGCAGUGUGUCCUCCAGAUCCAGUAUGCACAACAAACCAACUUCUCCUCUGCCAUUUCGAAGUAGGAGCUUCACAGUGGAUGAUGAAAACAAGGAAAAAGACAAAGACAAAGGAAAAGACAAAGAUAAACCCAAUACGGGUGUGUCACCAGAUGCGUCUGGAGAUGAUGAGGAUUAUGAUGAAGGGGAAGUAGGCGAUGAGCAUCCAGGCGAUCCUGAUCUGGACAUCAAACCUGAACCCGAAGCUUGGAGCGUUGCGGUCGACAAGAAGAUUCUCAAAAGCUUGUCAGCUAAAGAUAUUAAGAGACAAGAUGUGAUUCAUGAAUUAAUACAAACUGAAGUUCAUCAUGUGAGGACUCUAAAAAUUAUGCAGAAGAUAUUUUAUAAAGGGAUGUUAGAUUAUCUGUCGCAAGAUACUGCUUAUAUGAUAUUACCGAGACUCGAUGACUUGCUUCAGAUAAAUGGCGACUUUUUAAAUCGACUGAGGGCGAGUGAAGGCGAAAAUACUAUAGUAAACAGCAUUGGAGAUAUCUUGGAAGAACAGUUCAGUGGAGAAAACGGCGAGAAGAUGAAGAGCGCUUAUGGCGAGUUCUGCAGUAAUCAUAUGGAAGGUGUUGAGCUUUACAAGAAAUUACUAAGAACGGAUAAGAAAUUUGCGGAUUUUAUCAAGAAAUGCAACACUAACAAGUACUGUCGACGUCUGUCAAUCCCAGAAUGCAUCACGCUGGUCACUCAGCGGCUCACCAAGUAUCCUAUGCUUAUUGAAGCUAUUGUGAAAACCACCAAGGAGUCCAAACCGGAUUUUAGCUCGCUCAAGAACUCCAUCACUCUUGUAAGGAUGAUAUUACAAAGUGUCGAUCAGACGAUAAAGAAUUACGAGAAACAGAAGUUACUUCAAGACAUGAAAUUGAAGCUGGAUUUGAAAGUAACCGUUAACUACAAGAAUGGAAAAAUCAAGAACAUCGACUUCGCAUCAAACACAAGCAAACUGGUGCACGAUGGUGUAUUACUGUGGAAAACAGCCAGGGGUAAACUGAAUGAAACUCGAGUCCUUAUCAUGGAAGAGAUGUUGGUUUUCCUCCAGGAGAAGGAUCAGAAAUACAGUUUGCUGUCAUUAGACCAAAAGGCCCCAGUUGUGAGGCUAAAGAAGCUCAUUGUGCGCGAAGUCGCAACUGAUAGAAAAGCCAUCUUUCUCGUGAGUACCAGUAGUCAAGGACCAGAAAUGUACGAAAUAGUGUGCGAAUCGGCUGCUGAAAAGAAACGCUGGAUGGAGAUAAUUCGCGAAGCAGUGGCCAACGCCCCAGGAGAUGAAAAUCCUGAUGACAGUAGUCUCAUAACCACAGCUGAAGGCGAACGAAGGAAGAUAAUUUUACGUAGAGCCAGUGUACUUAUUGAACAAGUACAUAACAAAGACCUUGAGGAUGCGGAUAGAGGAAAACACUUAGCUGAGAUGCAGGAACUCGUCAGUCAAAUAGAGGCUAUGGAAAAAGAAAAGUCCAAAAUGGAUGCUGACAAAAGCAAAGAACUGGCAAAGACCAAGGAUUCCCUGGUGAUCGCCAUGCAGCAGGUGCAAUACACAGUAUCCAGCGAGGAUCCUUCAUCUGAAGAGGCCCAAAGUGAUACUCAAGCAUGCCCCUCGUCCUUAUCUGUACCUGGAGGAGUGCCCAAGAGGGCUGAGACUUUUAGUGGCUUUGAUAGCAAACUCAAACCCGAUAACCUCAACAAAGACAACAUCAAUCGAGCGAGCUCCAUGAGGACGGAGAGACCUGGGUCGGGUUUCCCAUCCAGACAGCUGCCGGGUGCGGCCAGUCCUGUGGCUGGAGCUAGUCCAAAGACUAAACACAAGCGAAGGUCAAGCGGGGGAGGUGGUGGGGGCUGGUCAUUCUUGAGCAAAAGCAGCGGGAAGGAGGACAAGGAACAGAGUGGAAGUACAGGUGAUUUAGCUUCGGAUUCGCCGUCCUCGUCUCCAAGUCCAACUCCUACACCCUCGCCGCUGCCCGGACAAGAGCCUGACACCGCUACAGACAGCGACGGUGGAGUUAAAAGUGCGCGCUUUAGACCUGUAAAAGAACAAGGCGGCAACACAUCACCUCCGUUGCAGAUCAAAGCUGACCAUCAACAAGGCAGGCUCAAGCACAACCUGAGAGAACAAGUACAGCAACUAUCGUCACCGCGGGCUCUGCGCAAGGCCCUUCCUUUUAUUAAGGACGAGGAGGACAAAGAGCGAGAACAAAAAGACCAGAGUCCGGCAGGCGCUACCCAAGAAGUUAUUUAUUUCUGAUAGAUAUGACUAUGACAAAGACUUCUCUUUCAUUUAGAAGAUAUUCACGUAAAGCAAACCUAGUGAAAAAAAAAGUGUAAAUAGAAGCGUGCGAUCAGAAAAAAAAAAUGAACGUUAUGAAAUUCUUUUGUAAAUUGACUAGGUACAACAUAGCGAAUCAUCGUUUAAUAUAAAGACAUGGUUAGUUUACAAUGACAAAGGCUGAUUUAUCGUCACCGGUUAGAAAACCAUUGGAUAACACCGUAGGGUAGAAAUUUCAAUCAGUUAGUAGAUAGACGUUGUGUGCAAAUGUAUUGGUAACUAGAUCACCUUUUUCAUGCUCCUCAAAUCUUCAUAGGGUUCGUAUUUCUUCUCCAUGCGUGAAAGGGGUGAAUAAAUCCUAUUUUUUUAAAAAUUUAUUUCUGGC